CACUACUAUUGUGCCUCUCUCUGUCUCGCUCUCAAUCACAAUUUAUGGAGGGGACAGAUUCUGGAAAAGUUGGGCCAGACUAUCUGAAGACAGAAGUUUCAAAGUCAACAGAUAAAGGGCUUAUGUCCAAAAUGUUGAUUCUCUUGCUUCUCUGAUGCUGCUUGCCGUGCUGCGCUUUUCCAGCGACGCAUUUUUUGACUCUGACCCUCCAGCAUCUCCAGUCCUCACUUUCAUAUCAAUGUCUGACAGUCACUCGAUCCAUCAGGACCGCAACAAUUUUCAACUAUGAUUCUGUGAGAAGGAGCAAAGCUUUCUUUUUGGUUCCUGUUUGAGUAGGGGGGCCUGGUUGAAAGACCCUACUGUUGCAGCGCACUGUGUGUGGAGCCUGAAACAACUCUACUGCGUGGAAAGAAUAAUUCACUGCGGGGUUGUACACGUGUGUGUGUGUGUGUGUGUAGCUGAAACUUCGGCCAUGGAGAAACCCAAGGAAACACGUCCCGUUGAGAAACCAUGGGAAGUGUGGCGACUGCGGGAAGGGCUUCCGUGUCCCACCUGUCCUCGCGGCUCAUCAGUGCAAUCACACUGGGAAGAGGCCGUUCUCCUGCCCCGAGCAGGCAAAAGACUUUACUUGCUCCCGUGUCCUGCUGGCCCAGCAGCAUAUACAGACUGGUGAGAGGAUGUUUCACUGCUCCAUGUGCGGGAAAGGGUUCACUUGGGUGGACAACCUCCAGACCCACCAGCGAUUCCACGCAGGGGAGAGGCUGUUCAGUUGCCAUGAGUGCGGGAAAGCCUUCAGCAAUUCAUCCAACCUGUUGGCCCAUCAGCAGGUCCACACGGGGGAGAGGCCCUUCAGCUGCCCAGAGUGUGGGAAGGCCUUCAGUAAAUCCUCCAACCUGCUGGCCCAUCAGCGGGUUCACACGGGUGAGAGGCCCUUCAGCUGCCCAGAGUGCGGGAAGGCCUUCAGCAAUUCCUCCGACCUGCUGAGACAUCGGCGAAUCCACACGGGGGAGUGGCCUUUCGCCUGCCCAGAGUGUGGUAAGGCCUUCAGCAAUUCCUCUGACCUGUUGUCCCACUGGCGGGUCCACACCAGGGAAAGGCCAUUCAGCUGCUCUGAGUGUGGGAAGGGGUUCACCCGCUCCUCCAAACUGCUGGCCCACCAAUGGGUCCACACCGGGGAGAGGCCGUUUGCCUGCCCCGACUGCGGGCAGAGGUUCACAUUGUCCUGCAACUUGCGGAGGCACCAGCAGGGGCACAAGUGCAUCCAACAAUCAGAUUCCACCAGUGAUGCUGCAGUGGGUCACCCUCCAGAGCUGAACCUCCUGCCUAUUCUGACAGUGGGUGCAGUGGGCUUUUGUUGUUUUGUGCUGGACUCACCCUCUUUCCCACCUCCCCCCCCCCAAACCCACCUAUGUGGCUCAGGGGUGGCAUGGUGACUCAGUGGUCAGUACCACUGCCUCAUGAUGUUCACCUGGGUUCAAUUCCAUCCUCAGGGUGACAGUCUGUGUGUAGCUUUCACGAUGCCCCCCCCCCCCCCCCACACACACACACACAUCUGUAUGGGUUACCUCUGAGUGCUCUGGUUUCCUUCCCCUGGUCUAAAGGUGUGCAGGUUAGGAUGGAUUGGCCCAUCUAAAUUGUCCCAUAGUGUUCAGGGAUGUGUAGGUGUGGUGCAUUAGUUGGGGUAAAUGUAGAGGAAUAGGGAUAGGGGAAUGGAUCUGGCUGGGUUACUCUGCAGAGGGCCAGUGUGGACUUGUUGGGCCAAAGGACCUGUUUCCAUAAUAUAGGGAAUCUAAUCUUAAAAAAAAUUCCUCCAAGCGAUACUGAUAAAAUAUGCCGAGUUGGACAAAGUAUCCCAUCAAGUUUGAGACAAAUCCAGAGUUGAAGAAGUCGGAAGUCACACAACACCAUGUUACAGUGCAACAAGUUUAUUUGAAAUCACAAGCUUUAGGAGCUUUGCUCUUUCAUGAGUGCUGCUCCUUCAUCAGGUGCCAUGUGACUUCUGACCUUGUCCACCUCAAUUCAACACCAGCACCUCUGCAUCACAGUUGACGAAUGAGAUUGGAUUUUAUUCGGCCUGAUUUAGUGAGAAGUUCAUUUGGAAACUCAAAAUUGUCAGACCUACAAAGAAACGCGAAUCAUAGAGUCCUACAGCAGGAGACAGGCCCUUCUGCCCAACAUGUUCCAUGCUGACCAAACUGUCCACCAACACUAAGCCCAUUUCUCUGCACUUGGCCAUUUCCUUUCAUACCUUUCCUAUCCACGUAUUUGUUCAAAUGCCUUUUAAAUGUUGUUAAUGUACCCAGCUCAACCACUUCCGCAGGCAUGUCAUUCCAUAUGUGUACCACCAUCUGUGUAAAAACAAAAGUUGCCCCUCACAUUCCCUUUUAUUCUUUUUCCUCUAACCUUAAACUGAUGCCCUCUAGCCCUCACUUCCCCAACCCGGGGUAAAAGUGAGUGCAUUCACCCUCUCCAUGCGUCUCACGAUCUCUUCACUUCUCUAAGGGCCUCUCUCAGUCUCUAAUGCUCUAAAUAAAAAUAUCUUAGCUUGUCUAACCUCUCCCUUUUACACAGACCCUUGAGUCCUGGCAACAUCCUUGUAUAUGUCUUUAGCACUCUUCCAAGUUUAAUAACAUAUUUGUUAUAGACACUGCCCUGUCUACCUAUUUUGUUGGAAAUAUAGGACCUCACCCAAACUGAAUAAUCUGCCUGAUGGGACAGGAAACCACUUCCUUUCUUGAGAGACAGUCUCCUGGAGAGAACUGGCUGGCUGAUUGAGUCCACACAUUUGCCUAAGGUGGUGCUCGAAACCUUUAUCAUCUUUGGGAUGGAUCCCCAAUCAUGACUCCAGUGCUAUGGAGUCAUGCAGCCUGGAACAGACCCUUCAAACCAGCCAGUCCAUGAUCCCCAACUAAACCCGUGCCACCCAUCUGCUCCUGGCCUGCUAACAGUUUGUUUACAGUUUUGUUCAUUUGUUCAGCGUGAGAGUUGGAUAAAUAAAUUGCUGAUUGUUGAUUUUAAA